AUGCCACCCCGCUGCUUCAUCAUCCGCCACGGCGAAACCGAAUGGUCCCUCAACGGCCGCCACACCGGCCAAACCGACCUGCCCCUCACUGCGAACGGCGAAAAGCGAAUCAAAGCAACCGGCAAAGCCCUCGUCGGCAACGACAGACUUGUCGUGCCCAAAAAGCUAAGCCACAUCUACGUGUCCCCGCGCUCCCGCGCCCAGCGCACCCUCGAGCUCCUUGAAAUCGGCUGCCGGGAAAGACUGCCCUGGAACGAGCAGCGAGACGCGGCCGAGGAGAUUAGGACAGAGGCGAAGGUGGAGGUUACGGAGGCGGUGCGGGAGUGGGAUUAUGGGGAUUAUGAGGGAUUGACGAGUAAGCAGAUUCGGGAACAGAGGGCUGAGAGGGGGGAGGGGCCUUGGAAUAUUUGGACGGAUGGAUGUCCUGGUGGAGAAUCCCCGGAAGAUGUGGUUCGACGUCUGGAUGCCUUGAUUCAGGAUAUCCGGAAUAAGUACCAGCAGCCCUGUUUUGAGGAUCCGGAGGAAACGAAGGGUGAUGUGCUUAUUGUUGCGCAUGGUCAUAUUCUGCGCGCUUUCGCGAUGCGGUGGACUGGGAAGCCUUUGACGGAGACUUCGCUGAUCCUCGAAGCGGGUGGAAUUGGCACACUCAGGUAUGAACCUUCUUCUCUCCUCUGUUUCCGUCAGAUUUAUGGGUGUCUUUGGUGCAUCUGGCUAACAAAAUGCAGUUACGAGCAUCAUAACAUCGACGAACCGGCCAUUAUUUUGGGUGGACAGUUUGUGGUCGAGUAG